ACCAUCAUCACUGCUCACUGCCAAACUUUGUCCUGUUUUGGCACAACACUCUCCCUCCCCUCCCUUCAUUUAACCCCUGGUUCUUCACAACAACUUCACUCAUUCAUUCCCCAACCCACAAACCUCCUGGUACCACAUAACUCUCAGUUCCUUCCACUUUUUCUUCUAGAAUCAAAUAUCUGCAGAUAACUAGUAUUACCCUGAUCCAACCUUUUACCCCCCAAUCAUUCCACUUCCCCCAACACUCACUCACCAUUCCCACAAAACAAGUAACCUCAAUGAAACACAAACUUCACACAGUGAGUGAUUGAGUGAGUGAUUGAGUAAGCUCCUUCCUUCAAAUCAAUUGCCCCCUUCUCUCUCACUCUCUCACUCACUCACUCACUCUCUGACAUAUUCCACCUUUCAUUUCUCACUGCCCAGGUUCCCCCUUGUUUUCUGUCUCCCCUAAUUUCUACCAAAAUCCCACUUUCUUUCUUUGCAUGAUAUCUAUAUUUAUCUACCUUCUCAUGCCAUGUUUGUUUCAAAUUUAAGAUAGUACCCAACGCCAAAGUAGAAGUUUUUUCUCUUGCAUCGAGAACUUCAACAAUUUGUACUAUAAUAUCUCUCUCUUUCUCUCUCAGUAUCUAUAUCAAACACAUGGUGUACACUUUUCACUUUUCUUAUAUCACUCAUCAGUAUCUAUAUCUAAUUAGUACUAUCAAAACCAAAACCCUAGUUCUCAGAACAAGAACAACAAACCCAUUGUUCAGAUCCAUAGAUCAAUCUUCAUCACCAUGGAUUUGGUUUCUGAAUCAACAACGUCAACGCCGAUCACGCCACCAACCAUGAGCAUUUCAGCUUCCGCCACCGGAAGCAGCGGUACUGUAACCACCCCCACCGCGGCCACGACUCCGAGCCGUUACGAGAACCAGAAGCGGCGAGACUGGAACACGUUCUGCCAGUACCUUCGAAACCACCGUCCGCCGCUGUCGCUGUCUCUCUGCAGCGGCGCGCACGUGCUGGAGUUUCUCCACUAUCUCGACCAGUUCGGGAAGACGAAGGUUCACAACCAUCCUUGCCCGUUCUUCGGGCUUCCGAACCCGCCUGCUCCCUGCCCCUGCCCGCUCCGGCAGGCAUGGGGAAGUCUCGACGCGCUCAUCGGACGUCUACGCGCCGCCUAUGAGGAGAACGGAGGUAGGCCGGAGACGAACCCGUUCGGUGCUCGCGCGGUGAGGAUUUACCUCCGGGAUGUUCGUGACUUCCAGACGAAGGCGAGAGGUGUUAGCUAUGAGAAGAAGAGGAAGAGGCCUAAGCCCAAGAUGAUAACAACCACCGCUGCAACUGCUUCUACUUAGUGAAGGUUAAUUUUUUGGCGAGCCCAGAGUAUCCACCGCCGACAGCAACAGAUAGCAAUUAGUAGUCCUUUUGUCGCAGGUGCUCGCACUAGUGAAGCGUUAAUUACCUGAAGAUUAAGUAAAAUAAUUAUAAUUAACUGCAGGUAUAUAUAUGAAUGAUGAUAUAAUGUGUAUAUGGUUAUGUUUCUUAAUUUCUAUCUUUGAUGUUUUGUUAUGGAUGUUGUUGAAAUUGUUGUGAUGACUUGUUUAGGAGUUGGGGGAAGUAGAUAGUGGAAGUUAAGUUCCAUGAGUUAGCUCUGUGCUUAGUAAUGGGUUCUGAUGAUAUGAACUACUUGAGGAAGAAGAGUUAUGAUGAUUGUUUGUACUGAAUUAAUGGUGUGCUUAAUUGAAUCUCUACCCUCUCCUCUUGUGGGAGCUUAUUGAAGAUUAUGGUUAAUCAUUAUUACAUGGGAUUGAUUGGGUGAGGUUAUUCAUUCAAUGUGCUGAGAUAUUUGUGUAACAUUAACUAUGUAUGGGUAUGAUGCUGUAUGCUGGGAAUUGAAUAUAAGUAUCCAUUGCCUGUGUGUUUUUUCAUAUUCA